UGAGAAAGUUAAGUAUGCUGCGUCUGCAGAUCCUGCUCAAGAACAGAUUUAAAGCUUGAAACACGGAAAAGAGAGGUGAGUCAUGUCCUCCUGUGUGGUCAAGUCCAGAAGCAGGAACCCGUACACAGCGGUGCGGGUGGACCCAGACAGUGACUACAUCACACCGGGCACAUUAGACCUGGAGCAGCUGUUCUGGACCGGCACUGGGGCUCAGUAUGCACAUGUCAACCAAGUCUGGCCCAGUGUCUACAUCGGGGAUGAGAAAACUGCUCUGGAGUGUCCUGGCCUGAGGGAUCUGGGUAUUACACAUGUCCUUAAUGCAGCCGAGGGGAAGUGGAACAAUGUGCUGACUGGUGCUGAAUACUACAGUGACACGGACAUCCAGUACUACGGUGUAGAGGCUGAUGACAAACCCACAUUCAACAUCUCCCAGUACUUCUGCCCUGCAGCCCAGUUCAUCCAGGAGGCUCUCAGUCACCCACAGAACAAGGUGCUGGUGCACUGUGUGAUGGGUCGGAGCAGGUCAGCAACUCUGGUCUUGGCAUACCUGAUGAUGAAAUGCAACUUAACUGUGGUGGAUGCUAUUGAGCAUGUGCGACAGCGCCGCUGCAUCCUGCCCAAUCACGGCUUCUUGAAACAGCUCAGAGCUCUGGACAUCACAUUACAGGAGGAGAGGCUGAGACAAAAAAGAGAGAUGCAAGAUAGAUAAUGUACCUGUGUUCAUCUCAGUUAUUCAAAAAUGUUCUUUAUGUUUAUUUAACUAUUGUGUCAUUAAAUUGUGUUUUGUUUUUCACACCAA